AUGGUGGUGCUGGUGGCUGGCGCUGCUGCCAAAGAAGCGGCAUUCACUUUGGCACCACUGCCCUACGCCUACGAUGCCCUCGAACCCCACAUCGACACCCUCACCAUGCAGCUGCACCAUGACAAGCACCACCAGGCCUACACGGACAAGUUCAACGAGGCCCUCGACCGGCUCGAGGCCGAGGCGGUUCUCGUGGUGGGUCCCAACACGACGGCUGAGUCCAUCCUCCGUUCCUUCCGCUCCCUCGCCUUCCCCUCCGACCACCUCGCCACCGCGGUGCGCAAUCACGGGGGAGGCUAUGUGAACCACAACAUGUUUUGGCAUGUGAUGACCCCGGGCGGGUCCAACUCACCGCAAGGCGACCUGGCCUUUGCCAUCAGCCACCAGUUUGGCUCGCUCGAGGAGUUCAAGAAGCAGUUCAGCGCGGCUGCGGCCUCGGUGUUUGGGAGCGGUUGGGCGUGGCUCGUGGUCGAGCCCGCCAGCGGCGACCUCAAGAUCGUGGCGACUCCCAACCAGGACUCGCCGCUGAUGGCGGGACAGCAGCCGGUGCUGUGCCUGGACGUGUGGGAGCACGCCUACUACCUGCUGCGCCACAACCGCCGGCCCGAUUACAUCCAGGCCUGGUGGAACGUGGUCAACUGGGGCGCACAGGACGUGGUGCAGCAGUACUACGAGGACGCCAGGAGCCAGACCGCAGCGGAUCCGUCGCAAGUCGCCACCGAGGCUGUUGUUCUCUUGUAG